CAUGUCGGCCGCGCCCGGCCUCCUGCACCAGGAGCUGUCCUGCCCGCUGUGCCUGCAGCUGUUCGAUGCGCCCGUGACGGCCGAGUGCGGACACAGCUUCUGCCGCUCGUGCCUGACCCGUGUGGCCGGGGAGCCGGCGGCUGACGGUACCGUGAACUGUCCCUGCUGCCAGGCGCCCACGCGGCCGCAGGCGCUCAGCACCAACCUGCAGCUGGCGCGCUUGGUGGAGGGACUGGCGCAGGUGCCACAGGGCCACUGCGAGGAGCACCUGGACCCACUGAGCAUCUACUGCGAGCAGGACCGUGUGCUCGUGUGCGGCGUGUGCGCCUCGCUCGGGUCGCACCGUGGCCACCGCCUGCUGCCCGCUGCCGAGGCCCACUCGCGCCUCAAGUCGCAGCUCCCCCAGCAGAAGCUGCAGCUACAGGAGGCAUGCAUGCGUAAGGAGAAGAGCGUGGCCACGCUGGAACACCAGCUCGCAGAGGUGGAGGAGACAGUGCGGCAGUUCCGGGGAGCCGUGGGGGAGCAGCUAGGCAAGAUGCGGCUGUUUCUGGCAGCCCUGGAGAGCUCACUGGAGCGUGAGGCAGAGCGUGUGCGGGCUGAGGCUGGCCUGGCCUUGCGGCGGGAGCUGGGUGGCCUAAACUCAUACCUGGAGCAGCUGCGGCAGAUGGAGAAGGUGCUGGAGGAGGUGGCUGACAAGCCACAGACUGAGUUCCUCAUGAAAUACUGCCUGGUGACCAGCAGACUACAAAAGACCAUGGCGGAGUCACCCCUGCCUGCCCGACUGGACAUCCAGCUGCCUGUCAUUUCAGAUGACUUCAAGUUCCAGGUGUGGAGGAAGAUGUUCCGAGCUCUGAUGCCAGAAUUGGAGGAGCUGACUUUUGACCAAAGCUCAGCGCACCCGAGCUUAGUGGUGUCACCCUCUGGUCGCCGGGUGGAGUGCUCGGAGCAGAAGGCACCGCCUGCCGGGGAGGACCCACGCCAGUUCGACAAGGCGGUGGCCGUCGUGGCGCAGCAGCUGCUGGCGGAUGGCGAGCACUAUUGGGAGGUGGAGGUGGGCGACAAGCCGCGCUGGGCACUGGGCGUGAUGGCAGCCGAGGCCAGCCGCCGGGGCCGCCUGCACGCCGUGCCCUCGCAGGGUCUGUGGCUGCUGGGGCUGCGCGACGGCAAGACCCUGGAGGCGCACGUGGAGGCCAAGGAACCGCGCGCGCUGCGCGCCCAGGAGCGGCGGCCCACGCGUCUAGGCCUCUACCUUAGCUUCGCCGAUGGCGUCCUCGCCUUCUACGACGCCAGCAACGCCGACGCACUCGAGCUGCUCUUUGCCUUCCACGAGCGCCUGCCGGGGCCCGUGUACCCCUUCUUCGAUGUGUGCUGGCAUGACAAGGGCAAGAAUGCGCAGCCGCUGCUGCUCGUGGGGCGCGAGGGCCAGGAAGCCUGAGGGAAGAGGGCAGUG